UGGUCCGGUCAUCUGGUUGGAGCUUGGAGUUGGAGGCAUGUGGCAUCUUGCAAUUGCAAGGCGACUUGUCCCUGCACUGCAAGUCUUCUGAUCUUGCCGGCGUAUAAGUAGAGGCAGCGCGAGGCCAUGGUCCUCCAAGCUUUGCGAGCUGCUUCUUCUGUCCAUCUAGUUUGACGGCAGCGAGUUACCUGAGAUAGACAGAGAGAAGCCGCAGUUCACCUGCGUUGAGAGGUAUGUCGACGGCGGCGAAGAAUGACGCGGCGUCUGCGGCGGAGAAGGGGGCGGCGGCGGUGGCCGUGCUGCAGAUGAAGCUGCUGGUGGACAAGCGAUCGCGGCGGGUGCUGUACGCGGAGGCGCGCAAGGACGCCGUCGACUUCCUCAUCGGCCUCCUCCGCGUGCCCGCCGGCCUCGCCGCGCGCGUCAUCGCCAAGCACGCCGCUGCCGGUGAUGGCACCGGUGACGUUCAGGCCGACGAAGCGAGCGCCGCGCCGGGCUCCCUGGGCACGCUCUACGCGGGGGCGCGGGCAUUGGACGACGCCUUCUUCGUCGCCGCCGCGCCCGACCGGGACGCGAUCCUCUGCCCGGCGCUCCCCUCCGCCGCGCUCGCGCUGCUGCUUGCCGGCGAGCCGGCCGCGGCGGCGGCGGCGACCCCGCCGCCCGCCCCGCCCGCCCCGCCGAAGCGGUACUUCCGGUGCGCGGGCCCGUACGGGACGUCGUGCCGCGGGAACCCGACGUGCGUGACGGACGUGGCCGGCCUGCCGUGCCCGGUGUGCCGGCAGCCGAUGACUGUGGAGAUGCGGUGGAGCCCCGGGGACGCGCACGGCAAGCUGGCGCAGGCGGCGGCCGAGGAGGCGGCGGCGGCGGCGGCGUCGGCGUCCGCAGGAGGGUAUGUGAAGGAGGUGGUGAGCUACCUGGUGAUGGACGACCUCACGGUGGAGCCCAUGUCCACCAUCUCCGCCAUCAUGCUGCUCAAGAAGUUCAAGGUCGCCGACUGCUCCGCCCUGGAGGAGCUCACCGUCGACCUGGGCCAGAAGGAGGCCGUGCUGCUGCUCAAGGCCGCGCUCGAGUCCAAGACGGCGCUCACCGACGUCUUCUGCGGCGGCGUCUCCAUUGACAGGCUCGAGUGAGCGAACGAACGAGGGGUCGAGCACCAUGAAAGCGCGACCGUGGAAGUGAGAGAUCGAGGAGAUGGGACAAUACAUAAGCCGUACAUACUGAAUUGUACACGGAACAUGUUUAAACGCAGUACACGUGUCAGUCUUAUGCUAAUAUUGUGCAAAAAAGGAUUCGUCUCUGAAUAAAAGCACAUGUCCAGUGAGUGAGUGCUUUUGUGAAAA